UCGCCAUUCUCAAUCUGCAUCCUGCCACUGCAACCCGCGACGCCACCUCGACGACAAGGUGCUCGCCCAAAGAAACCCCGGCGAUCUUGUCGCAGCGCGUCCCAGACCUCGUUUCCGGCCUCAUUGGCCCCCGUCUGCCUGCCGCCUCACUUUGCCGCCACCUCUGGCUCAGCCGCCCACGCAGGGCGUCUUCUGAAUCUUCGCUCGCAUCUCCCAAGUCCCGUGCCGCAGCUUGGAGCCGACCGACAGCAGCGCUCAUCUGUCGCGUGGCCCCAGCCCAGCGGCCAUUCCGCGCGUUCACCCACCUGUCAUCGCAUCAACACCGUCGCUCCGAUUCCGCGAUCCUCCCCCGACACACAUGUUUGCGCUUUAGUAGCAUCUGCGACGCGAAUACGAUGGUUGGUGGACGGUGGUUGUGGCUGACGAGAUAAUUUUCCACGAUGCCUCCGCCCCCGGGGGCGAGCUUCACCGCAUGCUUCCCUGCCGCGCCCAAGGCCGUCCGCGAUAGGGCACUGGAGCGAGAGAGGGCCAGGAAGCGGCCGGCCGACCCCCCGUCCACGUCUGCUAUCUCACGUCCCAGUCCCCUCGGCGGUGACUGCCAGCCCGCCGAGGACACCGCCCCGGCCUUGUGCAGCUCCUCGGCGCCUCCAUUGCGCGGCAGUGAGCCCGCAUCCGACACGCCACGACCCUACGUGGAUGACAGCGAGUCCAUCCCCGGCGACAUCCUCAACGCCGUUGGCUCGGCGAGCUCGCACGCGAGCACUACCUCGUCCGUCUUCAGCUCGUCGGCGCCCCACCACAGCGCCAUGGCGCCUUCCAAGAGCUCGAGCAGCCAUGUCACCCCGCUCACGAACCUCGGGUCGCCUUCUUACUCGGUCGCAUCUGGCCCUUCAAGGCCACUAGCCUCAACACCGCUCGGCCCCGACAAGGUCGAUGGGCCGCCCUCGUCCACCCCGACCGCCCCCGCGCCCAACGGCGCUCUGCCAGAUGCGGACUCGCUGUCCCUUGACGCCGCCGCCGUCGAGCGCAUCCCUGCCCGCGACACGACUCGCCCCGUGAUGGGCAGCAGGUGCAUAUAUGACCCUCUGCUCGACAAGUCCGUGCCGUCCGACAAGAAGAGGUCUUCCAAGCCCAUAUAUGAAGACUUCGGCAUCAAAGACAAUGACGCCUCUCCUCCGGACCCGCGCUUGGCCAAAGGCGGCCGGCUCAACUAUAUCAACGUCGACUUUCGCAAAAAUCCAAAAGCACGCCUGCGCCAUGCGCCCUACAACGUUAUCCCGUACCCUUACGACCCGAAGACUGCCAUUGGCCCUGGCCCGCCGACUCAGGUUGUCGUCAUGGGAUUCAAUCCCUUGCUCUCCUUCUCCAAGGUCGUUGCCGUCUUUGGCUCGUGUGGCGACAUCGCCGAGAGCUCCAACAAGAUGCAUCCUGAGACGGGGAGCUACCUGGGUUUUGCGACGUUUCGCUACAAGGACUCCCAGCCGAACCGCUCGCGGCCACAUUCCGUCGCGGCCAUUGACGCCGCCAAGCGCGCCGUCACGCGCAUGAAUGGGAUGCGCAUUGAGGCUAGCCAAGUGCGGGUGGAAUACGACCCGGAUGGGAGGAAAAGCGGUCGCAUGAUGGAGGAUGUCCUGAGGAAGGACAAAGAAAGGUCACUUGCGAACCAGCCCAGGAUCCCUACUGCGCCGAGGAACCCUGGAGGCGUUGCGAGGGCACCACCAACGGCCCCCAAAGCAUUCCGCCAGCCUCCACAAUCGCCCGUGCCACCACCGCAAGUGUUUGACAUCGUGCGCCCGGGCAUCAACAAGCAUAUGAUUGCCGCGCCUGUUGGCAGCCCUCGGUACCAGGCGCAGGCCCACGUCUCUGCGGCGAUCCAGCUAACGCCCUUCAUAUUCAUUCCCCACAGCUCCGUGCCGGCGUCGGACUUGACCAUCCCCCAUAUGAUGAGACGUUUGAAGUCCUACGAGAUCCACGAGAUAUUAUACCUUGAGAAGACCGGGUAUUAUAUCAUCUUCCUAGAAAAGAGCCGCGACGCUGCUGCGAGGUGUUAUCAGGCCACAGAUGGCCGGCGUCUCUUCGACUACACGAUGGUCAUGACAUAUUACCCUAAUGGUUACCUGUCGCCCCCAGCCGCCAAGUCAACAAGCCAGCCCUUGGCGGCCCCGGGCCCGGCGCAAAAAGUGCCAGAGGCCAGGAAACGCAGCCCCUCGCCCGAGCGGAGAGCGCCUGCAGAACCCAGGCCACAGCCCAGGGACGACCGGGAUCGGCGCCGCCGCGAUGAGGAUGCGGACCUGGAGGAAGAAAGGAAGCAACGAGCGAAAGAUUUCGACCCGUCUCUCGAAGCCGCCAGGGUUAUGAAGACCGAGAUAAUAGGGCAUCUGAUGCGACACCUCCGCGCCAAGAUAGCGAUGCCAGCCUUGGUAACCUAUCUUGAUCCUGCCAACCAUGUGGCGAAGCGCCGGAAGCUGAAUCUGGAGGAACCACUUGACACCGAUGUGCCUAGCAUCGUGCUGGACAGCGGUGACGACAGGUCGACCGCAUCUACCCCGAAUGCCCGUGCAGAUCCGAUUGAAAGUAGGACGGGAAAGCCAACCCGCUUGAAUGUCGCAUCUCUCCCCCGAAUCCGCAAGAUCAAGAAUGCGGGUCUGGCUGAGAGGAGACCAGGCUUUGUCGACCCCUUUGAGCGCCGCCGGCCAGCUCGGGUGCGCAACGCGUUCCGUUCGCUUCACUACCGUCUCAAGGCGGAUAGCGACAACGAGUCUGAGGAUGAAGACCUGGACAUCCGGACAGCUCGCGUUGAAGACACCGAGGAGCCAGAGUCCAGACCUCGCAGUCGGAUGAGCACCGACGAAGAUGCGGUCCAGGACGAGCUGGGGUCAUGGAGUAGACAGGAAGAGGACUCCAUGACAGAGGCCAGCUUUGCGGUUCACGACUCUGCGUUGCUGCCUACCAAGAAGAGGAAACUCGAGCUGCCGGUAGAGGUUGCCAUCAAGCGCCAGAAGAAGAGCGACGAGGAGCUGUUCGGCGUGACGAUCGACAAGGUCGAGACCGAGUUUCCCAUUCCGAGCGAACCCGUCGUCAAGGAUAUUGUCAUUGAAGACGCGGAUGCUGCGGGCAAGGAGGAUACCGAGACCUCGCGCCUACCGACCCCAACUUCUGCGGACGUCAAGAGCAAAAAGAAGGCGCCCAAGAGCAAGAAGAAGACAAAGAAGCAGAUCUUUGAGGAGCGAGAGGCUCUGAAGGCAGAGGCCCUGAGGAUCGCGCAGCAGAAGGUGUUUGAAGAAGAAGCGCUACAGCAGUCUGAGAAGGCCGAGGAGACCGAGGCCACCCCAGAACCGCAGGUGGAGCCGACCGAGCAAACCAAACAGCCCAGUACGACAGAGGUGUCAGAGAGGCUUGGACUGGACCCCGAGCUCUAUCCAGAAGAGCUCGUUUCUGCCUUCACUCUGCCGCCGAAAUUCGAGCUGGACAUUACAUCGCUGGAUGCUUUGGCCCUCGGCACGAAGGACCGUCCCGAUCUCGCGAGGCUCAAGCGGAGGUUCCCAGUUGGCAGCAUCAACGAUCCAGAGUUCUGGCUCUGGAGGCGGGACCGAAUCACGAGGCUUAAUGUCGAUCCCAAAAUGGGUGGCGCCAAGCAGCCCAAGAUCGAGGGCUACUACGUACCUAACCCGACGGGAUCAGCUCGCACAGAAGGUGUCAAGAAGAUCCUCAACUCUGAGAAGUCAAAGUACCUGCCGCAUCACAUCAAAGUGAAGAAAGCGCGCGAGGAACGACAGGCCAGGGCGAUCAACGCACCCAGCAAGACGCUGACGGUGGUCAAGGUGCCAGACGAAAAUAACAUGUCGCGAGGCACGUCGCGUGCCAACAGGGCGAAUCACCGGCGUGUGGUUGCCGACCUGAACGACCAGAAGAAGACGCUCGGGCAGGACUCUGACGUGCUGCGGUUCAACCAGCUUAGGAAGCGGAAGAAGCCUGUCAAGUUUGCACGGUCCGCAAUUCACAACUGGGGGCUGUACGCCAUGGAAAACAUUCCCAAGGAUGACAUGAUCAUCGAGUACGUGGGCGAGGAGGUGCGGCCGUCGGUGGCCAAGGUGCGCGAGGCGAGAUAUCUCAAGAGCGGCAUUGGAAGCACGUACCUCUUCCGGAUAGAUGACGAGGCGGUUAUCGAUGCGACCAAGAAGGGCGGCAUUGCACGCUUCAUCAACCACAGCUGCAUGCCCAACUGCACAGCCAAGAUCAUCAAGGUCGAAGGCAGCAAGCGUAUUGUUAUCUAUGCUUUGAGAGACAUUGGCCAAAACGAGGAGCUCACCUAUGACUACAAGUUUGAGCCCGAGGAGGAUCAGAAGGAUCGUGUACCGUGUCUUUGCGGCACCACGGCCUGCAAGGGGUUCCUCAACUGAACCAUUUGCUCGAUCCUCUUACCGACCUCGAUGCUGGACUGUCGCCAUCCUUGGGAACAGUCCCGGCUUCUCUCUCUAGCAAUACGCUUUUGUCGCUCAGAAUAUCUCUACCGACUAGGCUUUUUUUGUUCUCUUCCUCUGCACUCUCGCAUCUAUCGUCUUCAUAGCCUGCGGCGUUGGAGGCCCGGAUCCUUGAUUUUUCCCCUUUGGUUUGUCCUUCUCGCUAUGGUGGAGCUUUGGUUCAGCACUUUCAACACGCGCUGCGCUACACACGCAUUCGCUCAUGAUUCGUCUCUGGUCUCCUAUCUCCCUUUUCAGCCCCUCCAUGCAACUGAGGCUGGUCUUGUCCCUUCCCUUUGACUUUCAUUGGUGCUCUGCCCUUGACGGCUGGGAGUAAAUCUGCUCAGCUCUGCCUUCCAUCCGUCCUCCCAUCGAAGCUUAUUGUGGCCAGGCCUCAGAUUCUGCUAAUGCCUAAUUCACGGAGGUUGGAGACCUGGCGGACUGUGUUUGGGCGCUUCCCGCGCCCUCGAUCAAGAUACCACUCUACAUAUCGGAUCUUCCGUCUCCCCCAAUGUUUUGCUCUCAAAGCCCACCAGAAGGCAAGCACAGGCUCCCUAGCCCGGGUAUCGCCUGUGUCUCUUAUGCGAGCAUUCACAUUCGUCCCCACUCACCUUGGCCUUGUCGUCUCUUUUCUUGUUUUUGUUCUCCCCUUCUCUCCUUUUUCUCCCAUUUCUCGGAGGGACACAUUCUGGUUGACGGGACGCAUCCUAUACAUGGGUUUCUGGCGCAGUUGGUCAUCAUGACCGUGACAGGGCGGUUUGAGGCUAAAAACAUAGAGAGCAUGGGGAGUCUUUUUUUUUCGUCUCUGGAAACGGUCUCUUGUGAGGUGGCGCAAACCUAAAGGGUCUCUUGGUGCAUGCGCGCUUGGCCUCAGGCUUGCUGUUUCCUUCUCACUAUCUUGGUCGUUCCCAACAGGACGACAUGUUUUCGUAAUAUCUUUUGUAUAUAGUCGCGGAAGGAGAUCCUAGCCUCGUCGAUAAGAAGCGGCCUUAGAAGAGGGUGAGUGGAAAGCUGGCACGCAAAAAAGUUCAGGAGAAAUGUCAGCAGGAUGACGAGUGCGAACCAUGGCACCGCCUUAGGGUCUUUCGUGUAUGUUGCGAUAUAUACAUUUGGUGGCGGGCGAGGAGGGCCACGGCCGUGGAGAUGGGCGAUAUCGCAACCCAGCUUCCCGCCGCUAAGCCUAGCCAAA